GUAUGCAAAUUUGGCGGCCAGCGGGAGCGCGCGGCUGAUACCCGGGGACUGGGCUGCGGCGGUUAGUCCUCUCCCGGCCGCCGUCGCCUCCGACAUAUUGCCCGCAGGAGCUGCGGCGGCGGAGCGGAGAGCGCCGGGGGGGAGGAGAUGGGAGGACGAAGAGGUCCCAACAGGACAUCCUACUGUCGAAAUCCUCUGUGUGAGCCAGGAUCUUCAGGGGGCUCUGGUGGGGGCCAUACUUCCAGUGCAUCGGUCACCAGUGUCCGUUCUCGCACCAGGAGCAGUUCUGGGACGGGCCUCUCCAGCCCGCCACUGGCCACCCAGACGGUUGUGCCCCUCCAGCACUGCAAGAUCCCCGAACUGCCAGUCCAGGCCAGCAUUCUGUUUGAGUUGCAGCUCUUCUUCUGCCAGCUCAUAGCCCUCUUCGUUCACUACAUCAACAUCUACAAGACAGUGUGGUGGUAUCCACCCUCCCACCCACCCUCCCACACCUCCCUGAAUUUCCACCUGAUCGACUUCAACUUGCUGAUGGUGACCACCAUCGUUCUGGGCCGCCGCUUCAUUGGGUCCAUCGUGAAGGAGGCUUCUCAGAGGGGGAAGGUCUCCCUCUUUCGCUCCAUCCUGCUGUUCCUCACCCGCUUCACCGUUCUCACGGCAACAGGCUGGAGUCUGUGCCGCUCCCUCAUCCACCUCUUCAGGACCUACUCCUUCCUGAACCUCCUGUUCCUCUGCUAUCCGUUUGGGAUGUACAUUCCGUUCCUGCAGCUGAACUGUGACCUCCGCAAGACGAACCUCUUCAGCCACAUGGCCUCCAUGGGUCCCCGGGAGGCAGUGAGUGGCCUGGCGCGGAGCCGGGACUACCUGCUGACGCUGAGGGAGACGUGGAAGCAGCACACACGGCAGCUGUAUGGGCCAGACGCCAUGCCCACACACGCUUGCUGCCUGUCCCCCAGUCUCAUCCGCAGCGAGGUGGAGUUCCUCAAGAUGGACUUCAACUGGCGCAUGAAGGAAGUGCUGGUCAGCUCCAUGCUGAGCGCCUAUUAUGUGGCCUUUGUGCCUGUCUGGUUCGUGAAGAACACACAUUACUAUGACAAGCGCUGGUCCUGUGAGCUCUUCCUGCUGGUGUCCGUCAGCACCUCAGUGAUCCUCAUGCAGCACCUGCUGCCCGCCAGCUACUGUGACCUCCUGCACAAGGCCGCUGCCCACCUGGGCUGCUGGCAGAAGGUGGACCCAGCGCUGUGCUCCAACGUGCUGCAGCACCCGUGGACGGAAGAAUGCAUGUGGCCACAGGGCGUGCUGGUGAAGCACAGCAAGAACGUCUACAAAGCCGUGGGCCACUACAACGUGGCCAUCCCCUCGGACGUCUCCCACUUCCGCUUCCACUUCUUUUUCAGCAAACCCCUGCGGAUCCUCAACAUCCUUCUGCUGCUGGAGGGUGCUGUCAUUGUCUACCAGCUAUACUCCUUAAUGUCUUCUGAAAAGUGGCACCAGACGAUCUCCCUGGCGCUCAUCCUCUUCAGCAACUACUAUGCCUUCUUCAAGCUGCUGCGGGACCGCUUGGUAUUGGGCAAGGCCUACUCCUACUCGGCCAGCCCCCAGAGGGACCUGGACCACCGGUUCUCCUAAGCCCCAGGGUGACCCCAGGGACAGCAUCCAGGCUUCAGCCAGGGGCUCUCUGGGAAGGGGCAGUUGGGGAGGGUUGGGUGAGGGGCAAAAAACCCCACAAAAACAGACAAAAAAAUUCACCAGAGCUUUGUAUUUUUGUUACAUACUGUUUGUUUCUUUGAUAAUUGAUGUGAUUAUGGGGGGGGAAAAAAGUCCUAUUUUUAUACUCCCAUUAAGCCUGUGU